AAUUAUUAUUAAACAUUAUAAAAUUCCUGAGCUCUGAGUUUAGUAACAUUCACACCACCACCCUUAUAAACAACACCUAUCCCUACUACUCUCCGAAAUCGGCUAUGGUCUACGGCUGGUUCACUGCUUACCACGCUUAUUUUAGUCGGGUAAUGAACGCGUUUCCCGAAUUCCCAAUUAGGUGCAUUUUGGUCUACCUACCAUCACGUAAAGAAGUUUUUACAGCGUAAGAUAUGGCAAUACUCGACGCAUGCACUUUCGCAAGCAAUAACAGGGGUUAUAAAAGAAUUGUCAACAUUUUGAACGCUGACUGCUGUGCUCGGAACGUGCAGUCUGCACCCAUUCACCACUUCACAACAAGUGACAUACAGGAAAUAAAUUAUAUGAAGGGAGUUCAAUCACAGGUACUCCACCACUGCAAUAAAAUCAUCGAAGUCCAUGAUGAAAAAUCUGAAGCAUCUUCUCUCCGGUGAAAAUAAAAAUAUAUAAAGAAAUCUGAAGCCCAUUUUAUGAGCGCCUGCAAUGAAGUUAACAUCUCAAGAAAGCAUAAAAGCUUGGAUACUAUCAGCUUUGAUGGUACACGGCGCAGUUGCUGGCAAUCCGGAUGCUAAGCGACUGUACGAUGAUCUUCUGAGUAACUACAACAAACUAGUCCGCCCAGUUGUUAAUACUACAGAUGUACUCAAAGUGUGCAUUAAGCUGAAACUUUCGCAACUUAUUGACGUAAAUCUUAAAAACCAGAUUAUGACUACAAAUUUAUGGGUUGAACAGUCAUGGUAUGACUACAAAUUACGAUGGGAACCCAAAGAAUAUGGAGGUGUUCAUAUGUUACACGUUCCUUCUGAUCACAUUUGGAGGCCGGAUAUUGUGCUUUAUAAUAAUGCCGAUGGUAACUUCGAAGUGACCCUUGCAACAAAAGCUACAAUUUACUCUGAAGGAUUAGUUGAAUGGAAACCGCCAGCUAUAUACAAGUCAUCCUGUGAGAUAGACGUAGAGUAUUUCCCAUUUGAUGAACAGACAUGUGUUCUAAAAUUUGGCAGUUGGACUUAUGAUGGGUUCAAGGUCGACUUGAGGCACAUGGACGAGCAACAAGGAAGCAAUAUUGUUGACGUUGGCGUUGAUUUAUCUGAGUUCUACAUGUCUGUCGAAUGGGAUAUUCUUGAGGUGCCGGCUGUUCGGAAUGAAAAAUUUUAUACAUGUUGUGAUGAGCCUUACCUGGAUAUAACAUUCAAUAUAACCAUGCGAAGAAAAACACUUUUUUACACAGUCAACAUAAUUAUACCUUGCAUGGGCAUCUCAUUUUUAACAGUUCUUACUUUCUACUUGCCUUCGGACAGUGGGGAAAAGGUUACUCUAUCAAUAUCAAUUCUUAUUAGUCUUCAUGUGUUCUUUCUUCUGGUCGUCGAAAUUAUUCCGCCAACAUCGUUGGUCGUACCGUUGCUGGGUAAAUACCUGAUAUUUGCCAUGAUAUUGGUUUCGAUAAGCAUUUGCGUAACAGUUGUCGUAUUGAACGUCCAUUUUCGAUCUCCACAAACACACCGAAUGGCACCGUGGGUAAAGCGUCUUUUUAUUAACUUUUUGCCAAAAUUCCUCUUUAUAAAGCGACCAACAUAUAACUUUGAAACAAGCAAAUUGCUUUUGAAGGACGCUCACGCCUGUUUCUAUCCAUACUACUCUUCGACUAAUAUUGAUCGCCUAGUUACCGCGGGGUAUAGCAACACAGCCUCUAAGGAAGAAUUGACAACACAAAGCUUAACAAGUACGGGACCUUUUGGAGGAAGUUGUCAAGUUCAUGGACCGCUGCCACAACUUACUCAUUCUAGCUCAGAUGAUUUGACAGCUGUCCCUGAUUUAGAUAUGGGAAAUUCUGGAAUAAAAAGUCCAAUAUUGUGCAACCCAGCCUUUUCUCAUUCAAAAUGCCCACCACGCGUUCAUCGUAGCUGUUUUUGUGUACGAUUUAUAGCAGAGCAUACGAAAAUGCAGGAGGAUUCAACAAAAGUAAAAGAAGAUUGGAAAUAUGUCGCAAUGGUGUUGGAUAGACUCUUUCUAUGGAUAUUUACAUUAGCUGUUUUGGCGGGUACUGCUGGCAUAAUUUUGCAAGCGCCAACUUUGUAUGAUGAUCGGAUUCCUAUAAUCGAGCAGACAGAUUUGGAGUUUUCAGGAACUUCAGCAGGACGCUGCAGACCUGCGCAAUAGCGUUUUUAUUCCAAGAGAGAAUAUAUUAUAUUAAACU